UAGGGCUAUUCAGGGGGCUUGGGGGUGCUGAGGGGGUGUUUUGGGGGUAUUUGUCCUCCUCAAGGAGGUCAAGCGAUUUGGGGGAGUGUUCAGGUGCUUUGGGGGUGCUUUGGGGGCACCACAAAGGGAGGCAGGGGCGGAUCUGGGACCCCUGGUUUAAGGGGGAGAUUCAAGGGUGCCCGUUGUGGGGGGAGCCUUUGUUGUAGGGUGAUUUUGGGGCGGUUCAGGACGGUUCAGGGUGCUCCGCUCCAGGCCCUGCCAUGAGCCGAGCCAUGGCCCAGGCCCCCAGGGCCAAGCCAGGGCCGCAGCCGGCGGGAGGAGGCGCCCAGCGGCCCGAGGAGCCCGGCUGCCCCGUCCCCACGUCGCUGCCGGUGCCAACCCGGCUGCUGGAGCAGUGCCUGGCGCCGGCCCGGCAGCCCGAGGAGCCGCGCGUCCGGCGCGCUUUCUGCGACACCAUCCUGGCCGCCUCCCGGGAGAGGCUGGCGACGGACGUGCGGGAGCUGGGGAGCAUCCCGUCGCCGGACCUCAGCCGCGUCCCCCACUGGCUUUCCGCCGGCGGGACCCGCUUCCCGCUGUCGGCGCUGCGGGAGCUGCCCUGCGAGGCGAUCCGCACCGCCUGCCCGCAGCCCUCCUGCUCUGACCGCCGCCCCGGCGCCGAGCGGCCCGAGCCCGGCUCCUGCUCGCUGCCGGACCUGAGGGAGGGCCGGCGGCUCCUGGACGAGCUGGGGCUGCCCCGGCCCCCCCGGCGCCUCUCCCCGCUGGCGCUGGCUCCCCGCGGGGAGCCGGAGGCGGCCGGCAGCCUCGCGGCCGUGGCGGAGGAUCUCCGCCGGCUGACGCAGCGGGCGGUGGAGCGGGAGCCGGGCGAGGACCCGCGGCUGCCGCCCCUCCUCGCCGCGCUCACACGCCGCAGCCAGGACGACGCUCGGCUCCGGCGCCUCCGGGCGCAGCUCCGGCAGGAUGAGCCGCCGCCGCCGCCCCCCGCGCGCCCGCGGCCCCCCGGCACUCCGCGGCCCAUCCCGGCGGCGAGGGCGGCCGUGCUGCGGGUGCCCGGCCGGGCCUCGGCGGCCGCGGUGACGCUGCGGGGCUUCGCGCCGCUGUGCGGCGACCUGCUGCGGGACCCGCACGCGGCCGCCCUGGACGCCGGGCUCUGCCCGGGCGCGGAGGUGCGGGAGGUCUACGCGGAGCUGCGGAAGAUCCUCCCCGGCGAGCGGCUGCGCUUCGACCGCGAGCCCCUGGUGCAGCCCUCGGCCGCGGACCGGGAUCUCUCCUCCGCGGCACUGCCCCGGGCGCGGGAGGAGCUGCCGAUCAACGCGGAGCUCCGCACGGCGCUGCCGGCGGCACGGCACGGCUCCGAGGCGCCCGCCGCCCCCGGGAACGCGCCCUGGAAGCAGAGAGGCUCCUGGCAGCGGUGCUGGAAAAGCGCCUUCGGCUUCGAUGACUACCUGAAGUUCGUCUCCACCGCGGAGACCGACUACCUGCACGUGAUAUUCAGCCUGCGCGGCCGAGCCGGCGAGGAGGAGGAGGCGGCGGCGGCCACACGGGUCUGCCGGGAGCAGCGGGAGCUGCCGCCGCAGGAAGCAGAGCAGCGAGCCCCACGGGGCAGCUCCGGUGCGGAGCCGUUCGAGCCGGGGCUGUGGAAACCGGGGGAGCCGGAGCCGCCCAGGGAGACGGGGCCGCUGCAGAGGCGCCUGGAGCGGCUCUGGGCCGCGCUGCGCGUCCCCGGCCAGGAGAAACUCGCCAUGGCCGUCAAGUACGGCAGCGGCGCGGGCUCCGCGCUCCUCCCGGCCGCGCUGGAGGCCUGGGAGGCGGCCGCCGGCCGCAUCCGGGAGCGCGAGCUCCUGCUCGCUCGGCUGGAGGUGCUGGAAGCGGCCGCCUCCGACCCCAACCGCUUCUUCGCGAGGGAGCCGGGCCGCCGCGCGAGCCGGGCCGGAGAGGCGCGGACCCGGAGGCGCCUGCACGCCGCCAUCGCCCGCCGCGACGCCGCGCUCUCCGCCGCCCUGCGGACGAUCCGGGCCCGGUUCGGCGACACGGUGACCUUCCGGGGCCGCCCCUACCUGGAGAAGAUGCGCUGGGACAAGGUGGAGAUGCUCUACUGGCUGCAGCAGCGCCGCCGCGCCGGGCUGCUGGCCGGGGCCCCGCCGCCAUGGAGGGAGCCGGCGGGGAGGCUCCCGCCGCUGGGCCACGAGGCACCCGCACGCCUCGCCGGAGGCUCCUGACCCCGAGCCGGGCCCGGAGGGUGUCGGAGCGUCGGGAGAGGGCGGGAAGUGCUGAAAACGGUCAAUAAACGGGCGGGAGAGGGGCGGCGCGGGGGUUCCCUGCUGCGAGGAGCCCCGGCAGCCCCCGGCGCGCCGCCCCCCGUCCCAGCAGCAGCCCA